AUGAAACAAGAUAUUGUAGUAGUAGGAGCUGGAGUAAUUGGGCUCACUAACGCGGUUCUUAUAUGCGAGCAGCAUAAAGACGUAAAUGUUACAGUUAUUGCGAGGUACUUCCCGGAUGAUUCAUUGCACGAACCGGAGUAUACUUCUGCUUGGGCAGGUGCCCAUUUCAGACCAUUUCCAAGCAAAAAUGAAGCUGAACAGAAGGAAUAUCCACUAACUAGACUUACACAGAAGCAUUUUAGGAAGUUAGCUGUUUCAAAUCCGGAAUCUUCAGUGACUUUUGUUACUGGGGAAGACUUCCUUGAGGAUCCCCCACAAAACUACUUGGACUUGCCGAAAUCUUACGUGGAAGAUAUGGAAGACUUCGAGAUUGUUCAUGAUAAAAACGAACUUGCAAGUAAACGAGCUGCUUUUGGUGCAAGAUACAAGACCUGGGUGGUCAAUCCUCCAAUUUACUUAAACUACUUGCUCAACAAGUUGAAUGUGGAACACGGAGUCAAGUUCAUGAGGGCUAACCUCACUAGCUUGAAGCAAGUGUAUUCAAUUCCAGAGAUUUCGUCAAGUUCAAUUUUGAUCAACUGUACUGGCCAGGGGCUACAGUAUAAUGGUGGCUACGACCCACUUUCGUUUCCCAUUAGGGGCCAAACAUUGUUGGUCAGACCUCCAUUGCCUGUGAAAGCUGGUCCUUACUUCUCCAAGACUACAACCCACCAGGGGAAAGAUGGUAAUUGGACAUUCUGUAUUAACAGGCCUUUUCACGGAGGAGUUAUCGUAGGAGGAACUAAACAACCCAAUGACUUUUACAAUAAACCAAGGCAAUCCGAUACUGAUGCUGUCCUAAAGCGAGCCGAGAAGAUAUUCCCUGAAUUGAUGAAGACAGACGAGGUGACAGGCAAGAAAUAUUUCGACGUCUUCAAGACCAACGUGGGAUUCAGACCGGCCAGAAAUGGUGGUGUAAGGAUUGAGCUAGAGAAUGUUGAUGGUGGUAGGAGAAUAUUACAUGCCUAUGGACUUGCAGGUUCGGGUUACGAGCUAUCAUACGGUGUAGCAACAGAAGUUGAUGCUCUAUUGAAAUCUUUAAUCAGAGAAUCAAACUUGUGA